CUUGAAACAAUGUCAGGGAUAAGCAUUGUUCGAUUUGAACCUAUAAAUACACCCUCCUUCACCAGUGUCACUCACCACUACAAGUUUCAGAGCAACUUCUACCACCAUAUAGAGCUAGCCAUGGGUGUCACAACUUACAGCGAUGAGUACACUUCCCCAAUCCCACCUGCCAGGCUGUUCAAAGCCUUGAUUGUUGACUCUCACAAUCUCAUCCCAAAGCUUAUGCCAUUGGCUGUUCAGAGCAUUGAAAUCACUGAAGGUGAUGGAGGAGCAGGAAGCAUCAGGCAGAUCAACUUUGCUGAAGGUAGCCAAGUUAAGUGCAUCAGGAACAGGAUCGAAGAGCUCGAUGAAAAGAAUUGUUCAUACAAAUACAGUCUGAUUGAAGGCGACGGGUUGAUGGACAAACUGGAGAAAAUUACGUACGAUGUUAAGUUUGAGCCGACAGCAGAUGGGGGCAGCAAGAACAAGAUGACAAGCACUUACUACACCAAGGGUGAUUUCGUGCUUACCGAAGAGGAGAUUAAGACUGGCAAGGAAAAGGCCUUGGCUAUGUACAAAGUUGUGGAAGGCUAUCUCAUUCAGAACCCUGAUGCUUUUGCUUAAUCAAAUUAAAGUACUCUGAUAAAAAUUUCUUUUGCAAAUGAUAAUCGAAGGGGUUUUUUCUCCAUGUUUGCUUUGUUACAGCACUCCAGCUUUUUAGCUUUGGGUCUGGCUAUGAUUGCCUUAAUAAGGAUCUACCUGAUGUGGGUUUGGCUUGCAAUGUUUCAUCCUUCAAUGUACAGGAGGACAUUUAUACUUGUCCCUCUUUUUUAUUGGAUUCUCUA